CUUCCUCUCAAAAUUCAAAAUCAAGAAACUCUAAGUUUACUGGUUUUUAUAGCAUUUAUGAGUUUCUGUCCCUCUCAAAUUCAAAAUCAAGAAACCCUAAUUUUACUGGUUUUUAUACCAUUUUGAUGAGUAUAAGUUCCACGGAUUCUAUAGCUGGAACUCCUCUUCCGUUGCUAUCUUUACCUCCUUAAUUUUACCUUGAAGCUUGAGGUUCUGUAGAGCUCUCAUAUUUCCAGAAUGCAUUCGUCGAAGAUAGCGGCAAAGAAGAAGAGGCGAGAAAGCGAUGACCAAAAAUUUGAUAGAAACGUUCACCAGCGCCUCACUAGUGUAUUGGAACUUGGAAUGAAACAAGAUGUUCAAAGGAGAAAGAAAUGGCACAGUGCAGAUGCUGUGUUACAAGUGCUUGCAAUUCGCACAAUUUCAGCAUUUAUUUCAUCUUGUAAGAAUUUGCAAGAUCCACUUGUUCAGAGUUCCAUUUGUGACAUUGUGAAUGCUAUGGAAGGAAUUCUUCAGUCCGAACAUGUGACAGUAUUGAUACCAGCUGCUGAUGUUUCUAGAAUGUUGACCCACUUUUUAGGUGAUUCCCUAUGUAAAUAUGGUGCUUCAAUACUCAUUGCCCCAUUAUCGAAUUUGUUGACUUAUCCAAGAUCGGAGAUAGCCAUAGUUUGCGGAAUCUCUUUGAAUUGCAUUUUGAAGAAACUAAAGUCUGUGAGUGUCUCAGAUCAAGAAGAAAUUUUGGGUGCUCUUAGGAAAUCAAAUGCGUUUGACAAUAUUGUGGCAAUUUUAGAGGACGAUGUUACAUGUGAGGAUAAACUUCUUGAGUACUACACUGAGAUCACCAUUCUCUUAAGCACAAUUCUCUACUGGUUCCCUAAUGCAAGAUAUGCUACUUGGAGUAAUGUCAAUGUGAUAUCAUCACUAGGAGCUCUAUGUAAAGUACCUAGAAUUUCUCUAACAAUGGCUGUUCUACAUUCAUAUUCUGCAUUAGCACUAUGUGGUGAUGUGGCAUUGAAACUUCUUGAAAACGGUACAACUAUUGUUCUUACUACACUCCACUUCAUGGGAAGCUCACAACCUGAUUCCACACGGAUAGAAGCCUUCAGACUCUACCAAAAUUUAACGAGAUCUGAGGGAGGUAUCAUAGUUACCAAGAUUAACACUAAACCAAUAGUAAAAAGUGUAAUCCAGGCAAUGAGUGAAUGGCAUGGGCAAGUAGAAUAUACUGGUAAGAUUACAACUCAAAAAGCAACAUUAGCACUUGAGGCGUGCCGUUCAGCCUUAAUACUCCGUUGGCCAGGAGAGCAUCAUGAAUAUUUUUGGGACUUAGGGAUUGAUAAGGUCCUACUUCGACUCAUAAAUUUUUUGAAGGAUGAGAAGUCCAAGUUCAGUCGUAAUGAUGGUGAUUCAGAACGUUUGGUGUUUCUUAUCUGGGAACUUCUUGGAUGGCUUGCAACUCAUUGUGAAGAAGAUUUUGAUCCUAGGAGCAGUAAGAAUGGGAUUGGGGGCCACCUAAGUGAUCUCAUUAAACUCACCUGCUUGGAAGCACUAGAAUCUGUUCGCAGGCAAUGCUCUCAUGUAGAACCUUUAAAUAGGGCUGUUUUGCUAAUGGUAUCUUCUCCCUGCAACUUUAUUGUGGGCUGUGCAAGUGGUAUUCUAUUGGAAUUUAUGGAGAAACAUAGCUUUGAGUGGUUGCGGCAUCGAUUGAAUCGGUUGAAUACACUAGCUACUCAGUCAAGCAUUCCGAUACCCUACAUUCAUGAGCUUAUCGUCAAUUUAACUUCUCUGGCUUUGUAUUCUUCUUUUGAGAGGAGUAAAAGUUUCAUACUUCAAUAUGAAGGGCCAAGGGUACUAUCUUACUUUAUCAGGAUGCACUUAAGCAGUGGCAGGCAAGUAUCGAGGUCAAGCAUCUCCCCUCAUCUCCUCAAUGGUUUUAGCGGAAGUUUAUGUUGUUGGGGCAACGUAGAAGAAUGGGAAGGCAAAGAUUUAAUUUUGUUUCUCUCUCUGUGGGCUCUUUCACAUCUCCUUCCACGUAGUGAUUUUGUCAAGAAUUUUAAAGAGGUCACAGAACAACAUCAAUCCAAUGGUACAAAUUUUGAAAUAUCAGAAGCCCAUUCAGUGGUAGGCAGACUCCAAGUUAUAACAUCCGAUGAGAGCUUUAGUCCUGGAGUUCGGUGGUAUGCUGCAUGUUGUAUGAGCUGCUUUGGUUUGUAUGGAUUUCGUAGUGAACUGGGGAGAAGGUUGGGAAAAGCUCUAAAGGAGAAUGAAUUUACUGAUGUGCAACUUGUAUUUUCGAAUGGAGACAAUAUACGAGUUCACGGAAUUGUUCUUGCAGCUAGAUGCCCAUUUCUGCUUACUCCUAUAGAUUCUCAUCCCAAGGAAGAGGCAUCAAAAGAAGAGCAUGGCAUUGAGCAGCUUUGUGGAAAGUUCAAUAAAGAAGUGCAUUUCUCUGCCAAUGUUGAUAGUUAUGCUAUUGAAAAAUUGGUAGAAUUUGUUUACACUGGAUUCUUAGAGAUGCAUCCUGAUGAUAUGAAAAAGGUGAAGAGGCUCGCCAGAAAAUGUAAUAUGCAAGAUCUGAAAAUCAUUAUUUCAGGAAUACCGCCAAAAUGGUGUAGUCCUAUCCCGGCUUGUGACCUUAGUUCUGCUCUCACUGAUAGGGAUUUCUCUGAUGCUACAUUGGUGGCCACAGGAAUGACAGAAUCAUGCAGUAGUUCUUAUUCUGGUCCGUGUUCACAUUCUAUGCUACCUGUUCAUGUUCAUAGAAUCAUCUUAUGGUGUAGUUCUGAUUAUCUUUGUGCCCUAUUUCGGUCUGGAAUGCGAGACAGUUGCUCACAGAUUAUCAAUGUCCCAAUUUGUUCCAAAUCACUGGAUAAACUAGUUAGUUGGUUUUACUCGGGUGUGAUACCUGUACCUCGAGCUGGAUGUUCUUGGGAUAAUAUGAAUCCGGAGCUACAAUUUAGUGAGCUCCAUGUGUUUGUAGAGCUCUUUGAGCUUGCUGAGAUGUGGUUUCUUGAAGAUUUAAAAGAAAAAAGCUUAUGUGUGCUUAGAUCACACAUGAAGGGGAACUGGCGCUUGUGUGUCAAUAUCAUUAAAAUAGCAGCAGAACGAUCUCAAUGGCCAAUAGUUGGACUUGCUGUUGAUUACAUUGCCCCAAUGUAUCCUUCGUUGCGUGACCAGGGUGAGCUGGAGGUCCUCAGUGACAAGCUGCAAAAUACAAUUGGGGCUGCCCAUGCCCAGUUAUCACUGGAACUUCGGUUAGGUCAUGGUAUAAUUACUUGGCCGCAUGGAAGUCGUCAACUCAUUGAUAGCUGGCGUUGAUACACAGGUUGACAUCCAUAGAUGACCUGUGAUAUUUCCAUUUACUACUGAAGAUUCUUUUCUCAUCGGUAUCAAAUAACUUUCAUGCUCCAAUCAAUAUGGUAACUGAAGCGCCAUUGAUGAUUGUCGAUGAUUUUUUGUAUACAAGUGUGGAUCUCACGUCCUGUGAGUCAAAUCAUAUUUGAAAGUGAAAUUCAGCAAAAUAAAGGCAGCAGUAUGGUGAUUGGAGCAGAGAUAUAUGCAGGCAAGCUUAUGGCAUGGGAUUAUGAGGGAAAAGCGCUUUGGGUCAAGAUUGUGCAGAGCAAUGUGUGCAUCCGUCAUCACCUGCAACUCUCUGCUCCCCGAGAGCCAAGGGAUAAAAUCAUUUCCAUGUGUACAGAUUCCUUUGAGGCUUUCAUUUUUCAGGGAUGUGUUCAUUCUUUUGGUGAUUGCCAAGAUAAAUGAUUCAGAUAAAUGAUUCUUUUUUUCUGCUACAGUGUGAGCACUUUCUCAUGUUGCAUUAAGGAUGGAAAGUUGUGGUUGGGGAGUUAUAUUCCA